AUGACGUUGAAACUAACAUCUGAAACUUCUCUUCUAUUGUUUCUGAUCUUUUUUUGUAUUUUGAGAACUGAUUGUACCGAGUUUACCUGUGGUCAUUUAAAUCUGUUUGACAGACCAGUAGGAGGCACAGUUUAUGUUCCGAAAAACUCAACAGCUCCGUUUGCAAUAGAGGCAAACUUUACUUGUAAAUAUGAAUUUUUUGUUCAAAAGAAUGCGUAUCUUCGACUGUCUGUAAUAAACUCUUUAUUGGAUAAAGAUGUGAUCGAAUUCGUUGAUUCCGUUGGAUACAAAAAGAAUCUUACAGUAAUAAGUAUUGCCAACGAGGAACUGUUUGCUACCGCUGGGAACGGAUACGUUCGAAUUCUAACUGGCCCACAAGGAAGAUCAAAAGCCCUUCUUGUGUUUCAAUGGUUAGAAAUGCCAAAUUCCACUUGGACAGCUAAUUUGAAGAAAAAUCAGAGUGGUACCAAUGUAGAUUGUAUGGCCAUUCAACAGGAUCCAAUUACUUUCACCGCCGAAGAAGGAGAAAAGAUUGCAUUGAAUAUAGCACAUUCCGGAUUCUUUCUUGAUGAAUUCGAUAGUUAUUUCAUUUUCGACGGCCCAGAUACAAGUAGUCCAGUUGUUGGAAGAAUGAGUAGCCAUGUGGUAGUUCCAUUCAUUCCAACUAAUCAAUCUGUGACAAUUAUUGGUCUCACGAAGCAAGUUGUGUAUUCUAACAUAAUAGCCAACAUCAAAUCCAAUAUUGGAGUCUAUCGAAAAUAUCAAGCGGCAGUUGUUAUUGAUCAAUAUGGAGGACAAAUGGAUUCGAUUAAUCAAACAAUAGCAGUAACAUUUAUUGCAAAAGAUGCCAAUCAACUUUAUGUUAAAUAUUUGAAGUUUAAUGAAAUCGUAACAAAGUCAGAAGGACCAAGUUCACCACUUGAUAUAUCUUUCCCUCAACAACUUCCGGAUUCCCAAUUUACUGUAGAACUUACAGAUUGCUCUAUUUAUCUGAUUAUAACAAAGAACAUGCCAGACAACUUUUUCAUGGUGUCUGAUGAAAGAAUCGGAUAUGUUUUCACACCAAGUUUCCUCAAUCCACAGCAAUCUUCAGAUUUGAAUUUUACUCUCAGCAGCAAUCAAUCUCGUCAUUUUUCAACAACCGUUGAAUCUGUGACAGUUUACAACCAACAAAUUCUGUCAAUCACCGUGUUUACUACAAAAGGAUUAUCAGCAAUGAGCACUGUAAUAACUGGCAAUCAAACUGGAGGAGCCGCCGAAGGAAUCGGAGCAUCUGUUAAUAUAAAUUUCUCAGGAUCGGCGAGCAACGGAGAAGCAAAAGUUCGAUAUCAUAUUUCAAAGAUCUCAGAACAUAUUACCAGUCACAUCAAAAUUGUUCUCUUCAUCUGCACACUUUUCAAUAUCUGGUAG